GUCUCUUUUGUUAACAUUUGCCAAUAAUUUAACAGAUAAAGCAUCUUUUCUCCCUCCUUUUUUUUUGUCACACCGCGUUAUUUGACAGGAGAAAAGUAUGUACGCAAAUUUGCGUACGGUGAGUAUGCCUAUGAUCACGUCGUUACAUGAGCACCCUCAUGUGUGUGUUUUUAAACAACACGAGUAUGCAGAAGAUUGCGAAAUAUCAGUCCUUCAUUUAAGUUAAGUUAAGAUACCUUUAAAUUCUCUAUGCGAUACGUUGGUUUGACACUGCUACAUGAGAAGAAAAAAAAGAAAAAAAAAGCUGAACCGCACCUCGCAGAACAUCACAGAGUCGAAUAAAUCAACCCGCUUAACCGAAAACUCAACAAUUUUUUAAAAUGCAAAAGAAAAGUGUGUAUUUCUACAUACCGAAUAUCAUUGGCUACAUCCGGGUAAUACUGGCUCUGUGCGGGUUCAUGAUAUGUCGGAAGAACCUAAUUCUGUUUGGCGUCCUUUACGGAACGAGUCAAAUACUAGAUGCCUUCGAUGGAUGGACAGCGAGAAAGUUUAAUCAAACCUCCGUCUUCGGCCAAAUAUUAGAUCAAAUCACGGACAGACUGUCGACAACCCUGCUGUACCUGCUCAAUGGAAACGUCUACGAUGAGUACAUUAUUGCGAUAGGACUAAUCAUGAUUGCCGACAUAGGAGGGCACUACUUUCACUCAUCAUCAUGCGCCAUAGCGGGAAAUAAAACACACAAGAAAAUUGAAAAGGGAAACCGGCUGCUGAAGCUGUACUACGAGAGACCAGUCGUCAUGGUUAUUUGCAUCAUCGCGUAUGAGUCCUUCUGGUUCGCCGCCUACAUGUUUAAGGUCACCCCCAAAAAUGACGUCCUCCACAAAAUAGCCCAUUAUGCCCUAUUAGGUUCCUCCCCCCUGGCGGCAUUUAAAAUGUUCACGAACAUCUCGCAGGGAAUACACGGCGUAAAAUGCCUAGUGGAUAUGGACAAUAAGAAGAAAUGA